UUGGACAGUUCAGUUAGCAGGACUGGAGCAAUCUGCCUAGUAGUAAAGGAUCAGUGGAAGUACAACGCAAAAUUAGCGCACUCGAGGAUUAUUGUUUUGCGCGCGUGCGCCACGUGGAUAAUGAGUGUCGAUAUUAUUACACAAGACUGUUGUUGUGUCAAACUCGAAGAUAGCGCACUGUUUAAAAUGACAGUGCCAUGCACUACCUGGUGAACAUCUACCGCCUACACAGAGGUCUCUCAGCCUCCUGAACGCCUCCUCUCUGGCAUCAGAGGAUGCUGGGAAUGUGUCGUGGGCGCAGGAAGUUCCUGGCUGCAUCCAUUGCCUUGCUUUUUAUUCCAGCACUCACCUGGCUAUAUCUGUCUGCUGCAAACGUCACAGUGAAGCCGCUGCCUCUCUCCCCACUGGAUCCUCAGUCCUCCACACUGGCCCUGGAGCUUCGAGUUCGAGAGGUAGAAGAGGAAAACCGAGCGCUCAGAAGAGAGAUUAGCCAGCUGCCCAGGAGUCCUACCCGCGGCAACCAGCAUUCCCAGCACCGCAUCAGCGGGCACCAUGGCAACCAGUCCCAGCUUCACUCCACUGAAGAGGGUACAGGUGAUAGUGAAGCUCAGAAAGCGCUCUCUAAAUCCAACGGAUCCAGCUGUGUCCAGCAACCGGCUGUAGACAAAUGUGAGACCAUUCAUGUUGCCAUCGUGUGCGCGGGGUACAACGCGAGCCGAGACGUGGUGACGCUGGUCAAGUCUGUGCUUUUUCAUCGACGGAACCCUCUUCACUUCCACUUCAUCACAGACUCUAUCGCCAAGCAGAUCCUGGCCUCCCUCUUCCACACUUGGAUGGUGCCAGCUGUCCGUGUGGACUUUUACGAUGCAGACGAAUUGAAGUCUGAGGUAUCGUGGAUUCCAAACAAACAUUACUCAGGUAUCUAUGGACUGAUGAAGCUGGUACUGACUAAGACUCUGCCAUCAGACCUACAAAAAGUCAUCGUUCUUGAUACUGACAUCACCUUCGCCACAGACAUCGCUGAGCUGUGGGCUGUCUUUCACAAAUUCAGAGGUCAGCAGGUGCUUGGUCUGGUGGAGAAUCAGAGUGACUGGUAUUUGGGGAACCUGUGGAAGAACCAUCGACCUUGGCCAGCUCUAGGUCGAGGCUUCAACACUGGUGUAAUUCUCCUGCUGUUGGAUCGCUUGAGGAAGCUGAGAUGGGAGCAGAUGUGGAGACUGACAGCAGAGAGAGAGCUGAUGAGCAUGCUGUCUACAUCACUAGCUGAUCAGGACAUCUUUAACGCUGUGAUCAAACAGAACCCCUUCCUGGUGCACCAGCUGCCCUGCUUCUGGAAUGUCCAGCUGUCGGAUCACACGCGCUCUGAGAAGUGCUACAGAGACGUGUCCGACCUCAAGGUGAUCCACUGGAACUCUCCUAAGAAGCUGCGGGUGAAGAACAAGCAUGUGGAGUUUUUCAGGAACCUUUAUCUGACCUUUCUGGAGUACGACGGCAACCUGCUGAGGAGGGAGUUAUUCGGCUGUCCGAGUGAAACCGACCACAAUAGUGAGAAUCUCCAGAAGACUCUACUGGAGCUUGAUGAGGAUGACCCAUGUUAUGAGUUCCGGAGAGAGCGCUUCACUGUGCAUCGCACACACCUCUACUUCCUGCACUACGAGUACGAGGCCAGUGCAGACCAGACUGACGUUACGCUCGUGGCUCAGCUCUCCAUGGACAGGCUGCAGAUGCUAGAGGCCAUCUGUAAACACUGGGAAGGACCCAUCAGUCUGGCUCUCUACCUGUCUGAUGCUGAGGCACAGCAAUUCCUGCGUUAUGCCCAGGGUUCUGAGGUACUCAUGAGCAGAAGCAAUGUGGGAUACCAUAUCGUCUACAAAGAGGGUCAGUUCUACCCUGUCAACCUGUUGCGCAAUGUUGCCAUGAAACAAGUCAGCACACCUUAUAUGUUCCUGUCUGACAUCGACUUCCUGCCAAUGUACGGACUCUACGAAUACCUCAGGAGAUCUGUAGUACAGCUGGACAUGGCUCACACUAAAAAAGCUCUGGUGGUGCCUGCAUUUGAGACACUGCGAUAUCGGCUGUCCUUUCCUAAAUCCAAGGCUGAGCUUCUGUCCCAGCUGGACAUGGGCACCCUCUUUACCUUCAGGUACCAUGUAUGGACAAAGGGUCAUGCUCCAACCAACUUCGCAAAAUGGCGGACAGCCACAACGCCGUACAGAGUGCAGUGGGAAUCUGAUUUUGAGCCAUAUGUGAUGGUGAGGAGGGACAGUCCAGAAUAUGACCGCAGAUUUGUGGGAUUCGGCUGGAACAAAGUGGCUCACAUUAUGGAGUUAGAUGCACAGGAAUACGAGUUUGUGGUUCUACCCAAUGCCUACAUGAUCCACAUGCCUCACGCACCGAGCUUCGACAUCACCAAGUUCCGCUCCAAUAAACAGUACCGUGUUUGUCUCAAGACUCUUAAAGAGGAGUUUCAGCAGAACAUGUCCCGCCGCUACGGAUUCGCUGCGCUUAAAUACAUGACUGCAGACAACAACAGCUAGCAACGUCACCUUCAUAUUUCUCACUUUUCAGGUGGUAUAAUUAGAUAUCACAUAGGAAAGCGGUGCAGUGGGUCGGUCACGGACCCAACAGCGUGAUAACGGACACUCGGCGUAAGUCAGAGCAGUGUGUUCUUCCAUUCCAUCAUUCAGGAUGCUGUCAUGAUGACAUUUAGUCACUGCUUUGGAAACAGCGGAAGUGCAGUGUGUCAUCUGUCGGAUGUCAUGCUGUUGUUCCGAAUGAAAUCAAUCCACCAGAUUCCCUGACUGACCUCCUGUAUGAACUGGAAUUGAGAUUUUAUAAACCAUUGGGUGAGCAGAAGAAUUGUACCAGGCUGAUUUGUGUUCCAGUGAGCAGUCAGUACUGAAUAUGAGCAGAGGAAACGCCACUGCUGAAAAAUAGCAGUGGUUUAACGAACUCCCUCUACUUAUUGCCUAGAAGCUGAAUUUAGCUUGUUUGUGUUCUUUUGGUCAUAGGGCAGUGUUUAGCAGUACUGGAUCUCAGUCUAAUAACACACUAGCUUUCAGUCUACUGUAAGUAACACAGAGACUCAGAAAGGGAUCCCCAGUCAUUUUUGUCAAGAAAGUGAUCACUGGAGAAAUUAGGUUGUUCAAGUAUUAAUAAUAUGAUGUUUACAUAUUUUACAGAAUAUAACGUAGUGAUGGAGAGAAAAGAAUAGCUGAGAUGUCUUAGAUUUCAUAGCACCUUUGUAGAAUCACGUUUCCUAUUAGAGCUCAACAGGGCUUGUGUUUAUGGACGACGUCAGGCUCUCAGCAUUGACAAUCCUGACACAGAUGAAAGCCCUAAAUAACCCAUGUGUUUUUUCAGCAUUUUAAUAUGUUUUCAUAUUUCUGUGCUCAUUGUGAUUUUAAUGUUUUGCUGCCAUUGUUCUUCAUACGUAUUAUACAUAUAUUUCUUGCAGCUAUUAGAACUGCACUAACUCGUGCGUUAAACAUAGAAGGUUUGGAAACUUGGGUUUAAGUUUUAAAUGUAGACCAAAGGCAACUGUGUAUAUGAUGUACAAUAAUUGUGCACCAUGUUCCAAGGUUAGUUUCAACUUUUUCCUGUAAACCUAAAUUUAAGGUCUGGGUAAAUCUCUGGAUGUGGAAAUUCCUUUAUUUGUGUUGUGUUUGAAUGAAACAAACCCAAUUCACACAACCAGAAAUCUCAAAAAAAUCAAGAAUAAUGAUGGGAUUGACCAAGAACAUGGACGUUUAUAUUAACAUCAGACAGUAGCUGCUGAGUGCUUUUAGUGAGCUGGUGAUGGCUCUUAUUGGUUUACAGAUCAUUUGUAUAUAUGUAGUGGAAAAAACAGGGAAAUGUUUCAAUAUGACUGAAUGUGAAUCUGCUGCUCAGACUAAUCGAAGACAUUUCUGCUAACUGGUGUAGGAGAGGAAAUCAAAAAAGGAAACAAACUGCAUUUUUAAUUCCUUUAGAAUUACCAUUAACAUGAGUAUAUUUGUACAGUACAACGUUUGAGCUUUCACUAUAAGUCUGUUUCAUGUCUUUUAUUUUAGGUCAACAUUUUCAGACUGUUUUGUCUUGGGGAGAACGCAAAAGUUUUUUUUUUGUUUGUUUUUUGGAAAAACAUUUUGGUGCAUCCCUAAUCAAUAGAGUUAACUGAGGUUAAUGUUUGCUAGGUCAAGUUGCACUUUGUAAAGUCUGACAGAAAGCGACGAUGCCAUGUCAAGAUGAGAUGAAUGCAGAACCUUCGUCAUCUUCCUUUUUACGUUUGGCAGGUCUGGUGGGAGGGGGGACUUUUCUUUGGCACGGUUUUGAGUGCUAAGUUUUACUGGUAUACUCUGCAGAGCUCCUACACUAAUGUGUAAAAGUUGGCAAGUCUGAGAUACUAGCAUGGCUGCUGGAAAAAGUAAUCUAAUAUACUGUUUACUUCGGUUUUCAAUGUGUCCAGACUGUGUGUGUGUGUGUGUGUGUGUGAGAGAGAGAGAGACUGAAGUCUAAAUGUCCAAGACUGAGAGAUUUUCUGCUACUUGAAUAAAAAAUA